AUGGUUGUGGAAGAACAAGAAGAGACUAAUCUUACUGGGAAACUGCGUUUCCUCUUUCUUUCUCUGCACUUUUGCAAAACCUGCUUGCCCAUGACAUCCCACGAGAAGGAACCUUCUCCCACUAUAAUCACUGUCAGGCCUCCUGUGGUACCCCAGGACUAUUUGAUAUGGUCAGUCUUCAACACCCUCUAUAUGAAUAUUUGCUGCCUGGGCUUUGUAGCUUUUGCAUAUUCUGUCAAGGCUCGGGAUCAGAAGGUGACUGGGGAUCUGGAAGCUGCUCAUCGCUAUAGUUCCAAAGCCAAAUGCUACAACAUCCUUGCCACAAUGUGGAGUGUGGUGCUGCCAUUGGUGCUCAUUGCUUUGGUGAUUACGGGUGUCCUUCACCUUUCAAAGCUGGCUCAGGAGUCCGUGGACUAUUUGGCUUACAGACUUUUCCCAGAGGAUGUUGAGGACAAAAAGUGAGGGGGGGAAACAAGAGUUGGGUAUAACUCAAGCACUGCACAAUACAAAACCUCUACCUGCUUCUGAUCUGGAUCUUCUGGUUCAUUACAGUAAAGCAUUAAACAAGCCUAGGACUCCUUUCUCAGAAAGUCCUGCAGAUGUUCAUCCUUGGUGUCUUUCAUAAACUCUGAAUUGUUCUGCCUCUACCCUGUCUCACACUUCUCUUUUUUGAGGCUCUUUUCUUCCUAGCUUUCUGUACAUUCUGCUGUAUCUGCACAUAUUUUGAGUAAGCAGACUUGCAGAAUUCAAAGAAAGCAGGUAGAAAAGGUAGCCUAAUAAAAAAUAAUUAUUAUAAUGCUUCUGGAAACUGAUUUGUAUUUACAAAAAUAGCCUUGUUUCUUUCAAAUUACUUGCUAGUAUGUUUCUAUCUAUAGGCUUACUAUCAAGAUAUAUUAGCUAAAACAGAUUUUUUAAAAAGUUCAUCUAAUUUUUUUGGUACCAUUUAUGUAUUAUUGACGGUGAGAUCCCAGGACAAGCGAUCUGGAAAUGAAUAGUUAAUGGAGUUUGAUCAAUCUGGCAUAUGCAGAAAACCAAUGGGAGGGUUUAUUUUGUUCUUGUUUUUUUUUUUUUUUUUAACAAAGGUGUAACUUAAACUCAAUAAUAAAAUUUCUCAACCAAGAGUAGAUCCCAAAUGAACUUGGUGGUAUUUUCUUCUUAAUAGCAUUUUAAAACAUCGCACAGUUAAUCUAUACGCCAGAAAACUAAGUAAUAAAAUGUUUUACCAUGCAUUGAUAGAAUAGGUGGAGAGUCUCUUACAAAAGUCUUUCCCAAUUUACUAUAAUAUUUGCUAAGUGAGGCUGAGGCAAGUCAGAAAUAUCUAAAAGGCAUUAGCCUAGUUGGUUGCCAGAGAAAGAACAUUUGUCAGCUCGGCUUUUUUAGUUAAUAUAGACUACAAGGUCAGCCACCAUUGAAUAGUUCUAAGGGUUUGGUAUUGGUGGUGGGGGGCUCUCUUAGAUGUUAGAUUACUUAGGAGCAAGCCCUCAAAUCUUCCUUAGAGCCCUAUUUGGUUCCUUACCUGUUGUUGAUGUCAAUUUCUCUUUAUAUAAAUAGUCCUUGAUUUACAACCA